CUGGCUCCACCCCUGCCCUCUCCACACACACCCUGAAAUUGAAAACCCGGAGAACAGAGAAAAGGUUCCCCUCUUUGAAUGACAGAAACACAGCACGAUGUGGAGCUUCAGCUUGCUCCUCUUCUGGGGGUGUUGUCGUAUAUAUAGCUGUGAAACGCCCACAUCAAGCCCGCUGGGAUCAAAGUCAUGGCGUGAGAAGCUGAACUUGAAGGGGACGGCUUUUGAAACGAAUGAGUGUGUGGAUACCACCAUCUGCCCAGCUUAUGCAACCUGCACUGACACUUCAAAAAGUUAUUACUGCAGCUGCAAAAAAGGAUUCCUGUCUAGCAACGGACUGGCACAGUUCCAGGGCUCAGGAGUGGAAUGCAAAGAUAUAGAUGAGUGUUCUAAGAGGCCCACACCAUGUGGUGCUCACUCAGUCUGCAAAAACCUGCCUGGGAGAUACAAGUGCAGCUGUUUGCCUGGUUUCUCUUCUCCCACUGGAAAUAACUGGAACCCGGCAAAGCCAGGUCAUUUCUCCUGUACAGACAUCAACGAAUGCCUCUCCAGCGGGGUCUGCCCAGAGCAUUCUGAGUGCACCAACUCCUUGGGAAGCUACCGUUGCACCUGCCUACCUGGAUUCUCUUCUAGAAACUCCAUCUGUGAAGAUGUGGAUGAAUGUGCAGAUCCCAGAUCUUGCCCAGAGCAUGCGACCUGCCACAACAGUCUUGGCAGCUACUCUUGUGUCUGCAACCAAGGAUUUGUUUCCAGCAGUGGAAACGUGAGGUUCCAGGGCCAGGGAGAGACGUGUGAAGAUGUGGAUGAAUGUGCAGAUCCCAAAUCUUGCCCAGAGCACGCGACCUGCCACAACAGUCCUGGAAGCUACUCUUGUGUCUGCAACCAAGGAUUUGCUUCCAGCAGUGGAAACGUGAGGUUCCAGGGCCAGGGAGAGACGUGUGCAGAUAUAGAUGAGUGUUCUAAGAAGCCCUCACCAUGUGGUGCUAACUCAGUCUGCAAAAACCUGCCCGGGAAAUACAAGUGCAGCUGUUUGCCUGGUUUCUCUUCUCCCACUGGAAAUGACUGGAACCCGGCAAAGCCAGGUCGUUUCUCCUGUACAGACAUCAAUGAAUGCCUCUCCAGCGGGAUCUGCCCAGAGCAUUCUGAGUGCACCAACUCCUUGGGAAGCUACAGUUGCAGCUGCCGAGCUGGAUUCUCCUCUAGAAACUCCAUCUGUGAAGAUGUGGAUGAAUGUGCAGAUCCCAAAUCUUGCCCAGAGCACACGACCUGCCACAACAGUCCUGGAAGCUACUCUUGUGUCUGCAACCAAGGAUUUGCUUCCAGCAGUGGAAACGUGAGAUUUCAAGGCCAGGGAGAGACAUGUGCAGAUGUAGAUGAGUGUUCUAAAAAGCCCUCACCAUGCAGUGCUAACUCAGUCUGCAAAAACCUGCCUGGGAAAUACAAGUGCAGCUGUUUGCCUGGUUUCUCUUCUCCUACUGGAAAUGACUGGAACCCGGCAAAGCCAGGUCGUUUCUCCUGUACAGACAUCAACGAAUGCCUCUCCAGCGGGGUCUGCCCAGAGCAUUCUGAGUGCACCAACUCCUUGGGAAGCUACAGUUGCAGCUGCCGAGCUGGAUUCUCCUCUAGAAACUCCAUCUGUGAAGAUGUGGAUGAAUGUGCAGAUCCCAAAUCUUGCCCAGAGCACGCGACCUGCCACAACAGUCCUGGAAGCUACUCUUGUGUCUGCAACCAAGGAUUUGUUUCCAGAAGUGGAAACGUGAGGUUCCAGGGCCAGGGAGAGACAUGUGAAGACAUUGAUGAGUGCCUUAAUAAGCCAUGCCUUUCCAAUGCAAGAUGCACCAACACCCCCGGGAGCUACUUUUGUACCUGCCACCCUGGCUUUGCACCCGGCAAUGGACAGCUGAACUCCACAGACCAAGAAACAGAAUGUAGAGAUAUUGAUGAGUGCCUCCGAGAUCCAUCACCGUGCGGUCCCAAUUCCAUCUGCACCAAUGCCCUGGGCUCCUACAGCUGUAGCUGCAUUGUGGGCUUUCAUCCCAAUCCGGAAGGCUCCUGGAUAUAUGGCAACUUCAGCUGCGAAAGGGCUCCCUUCAAGUGUAAAGAAGAUGUGUUAGCCAGAAAUAAGCAGGUCCAUCUAUGCCAAACGAAAACAGCAGUGGAGCCUGAAGAUGUUGCCUUUUGCACACAGUUGAAUGCCGUCCUCAGCAUGCUGGAUGAUGCCUGUGAAAACACAUCUGCAGUCGUUUCUCUGAAGGAUAUGGCUGAGAACAUUUCUUCCGUGCUUGAGCAAACGUCCACCUCGUCCAACCUCACCAGAGAAGCAAUGUCCGCCCUGGCCGUAGUCUUACUGGAGAGCGUGAAAAGAACCACACUGGAAGCUUUCCUGAAUCCCUCGGGCAAUGUCAGUCAGACUAUUCGGACGGAACACUUAGAUGUUAAUAGCAGAGUUAUCAAGAACGAAUGCUCUGAAGAGAACAUGGCCUUUAGCUUGAAAGCCAAAGGGGAUAAGAUGACGAUUUCAUGCUCCACAAUUAAAGAAUCUGGAUCCACAGAGAUCAGUGGGGUGGCUUUUGUCUCCUUUGCGGGUAUGGAGUCUCUUUUGAACGAGAGCUUCUUCCGAGACUCUCAGACGCCCAUGGCCAACUCCAAGAGGAAGCUGAAGAUUAAUUCUCGUGUCGUCGGGGGCAUGCUGACAGGGAAGAAGAAAGACGGCUUCUCUGAGGCAGUCAACUACACUCUGGAGCACCUUGAGCCAAAGAAGAAGACUGAGAGCCCCAUGUGUGUUUCCUGGAGCACAGAUGAGGAGGGCGGUAGGUGGGUCCCAUCUGGCUGUGAGAUCAUUGAAGUUUCCGAGACACAUACCGUCUGCCGCUGUAAACGAAUGGCGAACCUGGCCAUCAUCAUGGCUUCUGGGGAGCUCACGAUGGAGUUCUCCUUGUUCAUCAUUAGCCACGUGGGCAUGAUCAUCUCGCUGGUGUGUCUCGUCUUGGCCAUUGCCACCUUCCUGCUCUGCCGUGGCAUUCGCAGCCAAACCACCUCCCUCCACCUGCACCUCUGCGUGUGCCUCUUCUUGGCCAAGCUUCUCUUCCUCACGGGUGUAGACAAGACUGACAACGAGACGGUCUGCGCCAUCAUCGCGGGCUUCCUGCAUUACCUUUUCCUCGCCUGCUUCUCCUGGAUGCUGGUGGAGGCCGUGGUGCUGUUCCUCACGGUCAGGAACCUGAAGGUGGUGAAUUACUUCAGCUCUCGCAACAUCAAGAUGCUGUACCUCUGUGUCGUUGGCUACGGGCUCCCAGGGGUGGUGGUGGCUGUCUUGGCCAGCGUGCAACCUCAGGGCUACGGGACGCCUGAUCGCUGCUGGCUGAAGACAGAGACAAAGUUCAUCUGGAGUUUCCUGGGGCCAGUCUGCGGAAUCAUCGUGAUCAAUUCCAUCCUCCUGACUUUGACGUUGUGGAUCCUGAAGCAGAAGCUUUCCACCGUCAAUGCUGACGUCUCGACGCUCAAAGACAACAGGUUAUUGACAUUCAAGGCCUUUGCCCAGCUCUUCAUCUUGGGAUGCUCCUGGGUCUUGGGCGUUUUCCAGAUCGGACCCAUGGCUGGUAUCAUGGCCUACCUGUUCACUAUCAUCAACAGCCUGCAGGGGGCCUUCAUCUUCAUCAUUCACUGUCUGCUCAACCACCAGGUUCGAGAAGCAUACAGGAGAUGUUUUACCAGGAAGGCCAAAUCCAGUUCCCAGGUGUCCCAGACUUCAGGGAUCUUUCUGUCAUCCAUGUCCUCCAAUUCCAAGACGGAGAGAGACUGAGUGGUUUAUGGUUAAAGCCCCUUCUUGCUUUCAAGUAUGCUAUGGAGCAACAUUUGAGCACAGCAGGUGCCUGGCAGGAGCCAACUCUGAAAUCUUCUCUUUGUGGCUUAAUUUGGAAAUGCAGGGUCUCCCCAGCCCCAGAACACUCUGGGCCAUUUGGAGCAUGGAUGGGCGGGGCGAUCCUCCCAUGGUUUCAUGUGCUGGUGAGAAACGAGAGUUUCCGUUCCAGAUUACCAUUUUAUCUUCCGUGUUCUGCAACCCUUUGAAUUUCCAGAGUUUUGUGGAAAUAAUAGACCCCAGUGCAAUGGCAUGACCAAGAACAUCUGGCUACCAUUUUGUUUUCCUCUAAGUUCUCUGGUGCAUGUCUCUAAGUGUGCCUCUCCAGCACCUGUCUCGUGCCUGACACACACAGCAGCCCUCAGGGAAUGACUUGUCAUCUGACCGACUGGCUGACGUUUUGACACAACCUCUUCCUGCUUUUAAAGGAAUGGUCAGUAAAAUGCUAAUGAGAGCCCCAGGGGAUAAAUAAGGGACACAGUCGUAGAGGCUACUUUGGCACAAACACUGAAAAGAGUUAUGUUGAUAAUCAGAAGUGAUUGAUGGAGCAGAAUUCCAGCGUUUCAUGGAGAGUUGAAGUACAUGAUGACAAAACCCUUGGGAAAACCUUCUAAUUUCUUGGGACAUUUCAAGGAAGCAACAUCCCCCUUUCUUCCAGGAACUUUUUUGUGACUUGACUAGGACUCGCACUGCUCCCAAAGUUAUCGCCAUCCCACCUUGCUCUCCGUCUCCCAUAAAAUCUUGAGGGCCACGGAGAGAAGGAGGCGAAUUUUAAAUGUAGAUCUCCUCCCUUCCACAGCCAGUCUCAAACACACCUACUCAAGGUGUGGUCCAUGGACCAGAAGCAUGAGCAUCAUUUUGUUAGAAAAGCAGCAUCAAAGGUACCACCGCAGAUCUUCGGAACCAGAACCUGCAUUUUAACAAGAUCCCCAGGGAAUUUGUGUUGUACACAGGAGUGAAUGUUCUGGCAUAUUCUAGAGUAUUCUUUUGUUUUCCAUGCUGACAGAAGAGCUUGUCUUUAAAACUAGGCAGGAAAACAUAUCCUCGACUUUGGGACUUUGCAUCUGCCAUUCUCUCUUCCUAGGACAACUUUCCUCAAAAUCGGACUAAUUUCUACCCUCUCUUCGAGUCUCAGCAUAGUCAUCAAUUUCACCAGGAAGCAUUCUCUGAAUCUCUUGAAGUAGGAUUAGGUGUCACCUCUGUGUGUCCUCUAAGGCUUCAUGAUUUCUAGCCUUGUGUGAUCAUUUCUUCUCUUCUUGAGUGUCUCCAACUGGACUGUGAGCUCCAUAAUUACAGGGAAUGGCAUUCAGUUGAUUCUCCAUAAAUAAGUUGAAUGAAUGAAUGAUUACUUUCCAUUUUGAAGAUGAAGAAUUUGAGGCUCAGAGAGGUUAAGUAACUUUGUCAGCAUCACACAGAUGACUGGGCUGGGCUUUGAGUUCCUGACCACAGAGCUCCUCUUCCAGACCCCUAGUCCUUCUCUUUCUCUUUCUUGGACCCUAGGAAUUCUUAGUUUGGGGAUACAAAGGAGAUGCUACAUAUUUACUUUGAGUCAACUUACCAUUUAGGAUUCAAUUAGCUCAGUAAUCACCCUGUGCUGAACAAUUUGAUCACAACGUUAAACUUGGUUGAUGCGGGCUCAAUCUUUGUUAUUUGUGACAGCCACGACUCGGGAGAGGGUGCUGACACAUGUUCAUUUAUGAUAGAUUGGUCUUCAAUGCUUGGCUUGUCCAGUGUUCAAUACAGAGGUGACAAUUCUAGGGGAUAUUGAAGCAAGAGAUGGCGUGGCCUUUACCAUAGCCAAUUGUGGUAGGUUGAUUGCAUCAAUGGCCUCAAGAAUGGUUUCCAUGUCUCCAUACCCCUUCCCUGGAGCUUUGUAACCAUUCCUGCUCUCACUAUGGCUUGGCCUUGAGACUUGCUUUGGCUAAUGGAAUGUCAGCAAGUGUGACUCAGACAGAGUGUGCAUUCCUUCUUGCCCGUUACACGAUAAGUCUCGCUUGUUCUUGCACCCCUGCCUCCGCCAUGAGAAUGUGCCCAGGCUGAACUGCUGGAGGGAUGUGAAAAAUGUAUGGAAGACAGUUAAGUCAUUCCAUUAUACCAGCUGAGGUUGUCCUUAAUCAGCCAUCUGACCAACUUGUAGCUGACUACAGUCACAUCCAUGAGCCCAGUCAAGAUCAGCAGACCUGCCCGGGCAACCCAGACUCAGGAGCCACAAUCAAGUACCAUUAUUUUAGGGCACAGAGUUUCAGGAGUGGUUUGUUAACGAAGUAUUCUUGGUGGAAGUUGCUAACUGAUUCAGCAACCAAUGGAUUGUCAAUGUUUUGCAUUUGACUGCAACAAUUUGGAACAUACAAAGAGGGUGAUUCGCAUCUUCAUUUCCUCUUAGCUGUCAGGAUCUGUAAAUCUAAAACGCUUGAAUAAAGUUCUUUCUGACAGAAGACUU